AGUAGGGGAAUGUUGCAACCCGUUCGCCAUCCUGAGUAACAUGCAUGUUGUGCUGGCUGUGUGUGUGUGUGUGUGAGUGAAACAUGAAGCCGGGGGAUGAGAUACAGAAGCCUAUUCGGCUGAUUGCAGCAGCGUGCAGUAAUAUGGGCAUCGGCAAGGAUGGUCGCCUUCCGUGGAAUCUUCCGACAGAGUUUCAGUUCUUUUUAAAAACCAUCACAGCUGUGCAUAAAUCAGGAAAGAAGAAUCUAAUCAUAUGGGGUAAAUACAGCUGGUUCUCCUGCCCAGAGAGUGUUUUCCCCCUGGCCAACAGCCUCAAUGUGGUUCUUAGCAAAAAGCUUAUGUCUGUCCCAAAGCAUGCUCAUUACAUCUGUCAAGAGUUUUAUAGUGCAGUUGAAUUGGCCUCUCGUCCUCCUCUUAGUGACCUCAUAGAGACCAUCUGGAUUUUAGGAGGAACUCGGGUAUACCGGGAAGCUCUGGAGCAUCCGUGGUGUGAUGUCAUCUACCUCACUAACAUCAUGGCUGACUUUGAGUGCGAUGUAUUUUUCCCAAGUUUUGACCAAAAUGUAUAUAGAAAACAAAACAAGUUCCCCGGUGUGCCAGACGAGAUCCAAGAAGAAAAUGGCAUCAGAUUUCAAUUUCAAGUCUUUAAGAGGCAAAAGUAGCAUUUCUGUCAAAUGUCUCUUACUGUGCUGACCAAAUUAGCGGGUUUUACACAACGUUUUAUAAGCAUUUACAAACCUGAACUUUUUCAUAUUUUGAGUUUGGAGAAUUGCCGUUUUACGAACUGUACAGAUUUUAUCUCUCACUUCAGUAUUAUGGGUUAUUGUACAAGGGUCAGUCAAAAAUUAUCUGCACUUUAUCUGUAGAAUUUAUUUUAAUUAACUUUUAAAAAAAACAAAAACAUAAUUUUUUGACAUAACCUUAAAUAUACAUUGUCCAUCUAUCAACAAGCUUUUAUAUUCUCAUUAAAAAAUGUUUUAUGCUGAGCUGUGAGCCACAAAUGCACUGCUGUCUUCACUUUUUCAUUAAACGCAAAUCAUCAUCCUCGCAGUGCUGCUUUCAGGGGACCAAACAGGUGAAAGUGUGAUAGAGCAGGAUCAGGACUAUAGGGAGGAUGCUUUAACAGUGUGGGCAGAAGUGUACAGAUGUGCAUUGUCAUACAAAAUCACAACACCCUUGGAUAGCAGUCCUCUGUGUUUAAUAUGAAGUUAAGACUCUUCUAAACUGGCGCUUCAAUAAGCAUCUUACUGUAACAAGCACUGUUGAACGUUUGUCCUGAUAAUGUUCCAAUACCGGCCCUUGAGAAUCCCAGAAAGCCAGUUGAUGGUUGUCUUUCAAACUUUUUCUUGAUCGUCAAUUGAGGAUGUUUCCAUUCCAUACUUUGCUUUUCUGAUAAGACAGUGUCGCCAAUGGAAGUUUUAAUAUAACCAGAGUGCGGAUCAUUUUUGACUCACCCUCAUAGAUUUAUGAUAAUCUUAAAUACGUCUAUUUCAGUUCCAGGUUGUAAUGACAAAAUGUGGGAAAGUCCAAGGAUAUUUCACUACACUGCAGUAUUAUUUACAAACACCAAAUAUGUUUACAGUAACCAAAAAGGAAUAUGCUUAUUAUAUUAAAAUAAAAUAAAAAAAGAAUAUUACAUAAAAUGGAACAGCAGAUGGUCAAGGAGGAAUGAAUGCCAGUGAAGUGCAUGUCAGCUCUCUCAGUGGUAUAGACUGCAGUAUAACAGUUUGCUUCCACUUACUAUGACUCAUUCCAUUGCGUAUAACUUGAACAACCCAAGGCACUAGAAACAUUGAGCUUCUCCAUCCUACAAGCAUAAAGUGCAUUAAUAUACCAUCUGCUGUGUAAAGUCAGCAUUCAGUGCCCUCACUGUUAUUUUAUCCUCACAAAACUAGAAUACAUUAUGUACUUGAAAUCAUUUUUAUAGUCUGUUAAAUGACGAACAAGGUGCAUUCGUCAACUUCGCUGGAUAGCUACAAUUCCAGUCCAUUUGCGGACAGCCAGACGUAUUGUUUUUAUGGUUGCAUUUAUCUGCCUGAAAAGUUUAAAUAAUUUUGUGGACUGCUCUUUAAAACAUCUUUAAAUCAUGUGAAAUAAAGUUCUAAAAACGAUCUUUCCAAUGAUUUCAACUUUCACAGUUCUACUGUACGUGAUCUUUUAUUUGUUCUCCUUCUGUGUGCAUGGGAUUUCUUUAGGUUCUCCAGUGUCCUCCCACCUCCAAAAUUCAUUCCAAUAUGUUGCGUCUAUGU